AUGUUAUCAAAUGACGAGCAAUGGGGUAAUAUAUCUAGUAUCAUAUAAACAAUUCAAUUUUCUUUUAUUAAUUCAUUUUAAAAUUAUUGUAGUUUGAUAAUGUUAUAUCUUAAUAAUGAAUGAUUAAAGUUGGCAGAGCGCAUUGCCGUGAUGGUGGUUCUAUAGAAAUAAACCACAAACUAAAACUCACUAAAUUGCCAUGAAAUUUGCAAAGUACCAAAUGGAUGCAUUUUACAAUUUUGAAUUACCUUAAUUUAGCAAUAGUGUAGCUUAAUCAUAAUAUUGUAUUUAACUUGUAAAAUAACUACUAGGGGACAGUUAUACAGUAUGUCUGUAUUUUUUUAGAAAUAACACAUGUUUCCUGGGAACACCUAAAAAAUGAAGACAAUCAACAGGAUGUACAUAGCAGCAACACAAAGUGGAUAAACAAAAUUGAAAUAUUACAAUUAUUUUUGAGGCCACUUGAAACAAGUAGUUUUUAGAACACUCCACUAUGGUGGUUGCAGUGUUUGGUUUCAGAACAACCAACAAAACUCAUCUACAAGUCACUCUAUUCUCUGUAAUUAUUAAUUAUUUGAACAUUUAAUUUUUGUGUGAAAAGAAACUAACAUACACUUGAUAUUACAGUUGAGUCUUUUAGACAUUCAUAACCAGAAGUACUUGUCCGUAAUUUGAUGGCACGCAACAAAAUACUAGCUGUCAUUGGAAGAUUCUAAGUUAAUAAAAAAAAUUGAAACCGCCUGAUUAAAAGUAGGUACCGUUAUUUAUCGAUAUCUAUAAUUAUUCCUAUAUGGUAAUAAUUAUAUUUUAUUUAGAUCUAACUGUUCAAAUGGUCCUGUUACAAUGAGUAAAUAGCAUUCUGAUUGUACUGGGGAAAUUAAAAAUAUUGCAAUAGUUACAAUAAUAAUUGUCUAGGAUUGAUGAAGCGAUUAGUUAAACGUAAUAACAGGUAUGUACUGGCACAAUUUUUUAAUUUCAAUUUGAAUUUAUAAUUGUGUAUGUUGAUCAAAUGUCACUAUUGUUUAUGAAACAGUGCAACAUUUUUAAUUAUACAAUUUUCAAUCGUAUUCAAUAAGUUUUGUGAAUUGAAAAAAGAACCUAAUAAGGUAUUUAAAAUGAAUGAACCAAAAAUUACCAUUAAAAUAAUUUAUACAAUUAUUUAAUUAAUCAAUUUAACACAAACUCUUUUGUAUAUUAAUAAUUUGUAGAAAAAUUGAAUAGUUUAAUGAACAAUAGCUUAGAAAAUAUACCAUAAAAAUGUUUAAAUUUAUUAAAUAACUUUUACUGAUAAUAAUAAUAUGUAUAUAAAUAUAGAGCAUAAUAACACCACAAAUUUCAAAUAAAUGAGAACAUGGAGCCUCGCGUACCAAUGGGUUAGGGCCAAGCGCUACCUGUCCACACUGUUGGUAUGGCCGCAGUCUGCUUCAUGCUUCCCGUUUUUGGUCACGGACAACCUUCGGUGUGGUGUUAGCCCGCCGAUAAACUGAUUAGGUUCUAGAGUAAUACCCCGGUUUGUAGCCGCGCCUGCUUGCGAGGCUGUUCGACCUAGAGCUUUGCUCGAGUCAGCAUGACUCAUAACCACAUAGUCACUUCAGUGACAGCUACCACGAAACCAUUCCGCAUCGGUCGAAAUCAAUAGUUUAAUGAACAAUAGCUUAGAAAAUAUACCAUAAAAAUGUUUUGGUGUAAAUUUUGGUGUAAUUAUUUUGAUUGCAACAUCCUUAAUAUAAGUUAUUUUAUAUUUUAUACAUACUGAAAGCACUAGAUACAACUAAAUUGUUGUUAGUCAACUAAUGAAAUCUACCAUAGUUGAUUAUGAUUAUAUGAUAAUAAUUUUUUAUCUGUUGCAAUUUCAUGAAUAUUUAGUUUAAUUUAUAAUGUGAUUUAGCAAAUUUGCAAAUUAGAUUUAUUGCCAUUAAGCAAACUAACCAUUAUGCAAUUUCUGUUUACAAAAUGUCACCAAGUGAAAAAAAUCAGAUUUAUAAAAUAUAUAUGUUUAAAUGCCUUAUUUUAUUCUUAUAUAUGUAAAAAUAAUGUUUCUAAGUGAUAUCAUAAAUAGUUUAUGUACCACAUAACAUUUUUGGCAAAAUUGAAUAAAAUGUAAUCUUAAUUUGAAAGUGAAAAAAAAAUUAAUUUUAAAUUAUUGAGACAAUUUUUAUAUUUGAGGUUUUUUUAUUAUCUACCUGUGUUAUAUUGAAUUAUGAUUGAGUUUAUCAAAUUUUUUCAGGAUAAGGCAGUCACAUUUUAUGUCCAAGCNUCAGUGUAUUAUAAAUUAUUUUUAUUUUAAUUAAAUUUUUUUUUUUUACUUUUUUAAUUAUUUGAUAUUGAUUUGUACAUAAUAAAGUACUAUUGGUUUCGUGUUGUAAUAUUAUGUUUAAUUUUUACAGAUAA